AUGAUCAAAACAUUGACAGUGGAAAAUAAAGUGAUAUUUCAUUUCUUUCUUGUAUCUUUCUACGUAAUCUCCAGUGGCAAUGGUCGCGAGUUGAGAUUUCUGAUGAUGUUACCUAGAACAGGAUCAGGUUGGAUUGGUAGUGACGCGUGCGAGGUUGCUGUCAACAUGGCUCUUGAUGAUAUCAACGCAAACGAAAAUAUUCUUAAAGAUUAUAACUUAACAUAUAGGUGGUUUGACAGUAAGGAAAAUGUUAGAAAAAAGAAUCGUAUAUUUAAUGUUAUUCUAGUUGUCAUACAGUGUGAUCCAGGAACAUCAGUAUACCGUAUGUUUGAGAUGUUUCACGCCGAUCCCCCGUACCAUAUGCUUCUUGGUGGAGGCUGUUCAAUCACAUCUGAGGCCACAUCACAAGUAUCAUACAUGUGGAACAUCACACAGUUUUCAUAUGGAUCUUCUUCACCAAUUCUAUCAGACCGUAAAAGAUUUCCACGAUUUUUCCGUAUCGCUUUACCAGACCAGAAACUGAACCCAGCAAGGAUAGACCUCAUGCGAACAUUCAACUGGAAAAAAGUUGCUACCAUCAACCAGGCAUUGGAAUUUUUCUCAGUGGUAAUAGAUGACUUUGUGCAAAGAGUACGCGGAACGGAGAUUACUAUUAUAUCUCAAGAGAUUUUCGUCAACGAUCCCCUAACCAGAGUACAAAAUCUAAAGACGCAUGAUGCAAGAAUUAUCAUGACAGCCAUGUACGAACACAAAGCAAGAGAUGUUCUUUGCGCGGCUUACAAGGUGGGUUUGUACGGCCCAAAGAUUGUGUGGGUGUUUGUUGGCUGGUUUUCUUCAUAUUUCUGGAGAGUACAUUUGGACAACGUUGCAUGCACGGAAUAUGAAAUGGACCUAGCGGCUGAGGGAGCUUUCAUCACAGGACCAGUCUACCAAAAUCCAACAGAGGAACGAGGAAUUGCAAACCUCACUGCAAAGGAAUUUGAUUAUCUAUACCAUCACCAUGAAACUUAUACUCCCGAAAUGAAGCAGAACGACUUCGUUGCUCACCAAUGUUAUGAUAAUAUUUGGGUGUCGGCAAUGGCAUUAAAUUGCACUGUUCAGAGGCUUGAAGAAAUUGGUCACCCUAAAACUCUCGAUAUGUUUACAUACACCGAUACUGACAUAAACGAUAUCAUUUUCGAAUGUAUGGGAAACACUUCAAUGACUGGGGUGUCUGGAAAGAUUGUUUUCACGGCCGGUGCAGACCCGAACAGGAUUGUAAAAAUGGAAAGAAUUCAAGGCGGAAAACGAGAACUUAUUGGCCACUACAGACAAGACAAGUAUCCAAAUGGUUACUUUGAAUGGAUAGAAGAUGCCAUUAAAUGGAAGGAUGGCAAUAUUCCACGUGAUUCUACCUAUGUUACGCAAAAAGAAGUAAAGAUUCCUCUUUCCCUAUACGUACCAGUGGCAGUAUUAUCUGGUGUUGGCAUCUGUUUGGCAAUCUCAUUCUUCACUUUUAACGUUAUCUACCGACAAAACAGAAAUGUGAAGCUUUCCUCGCCUAAUAUCAACAGUGUCAUACUACUUGGCUGCGUUCUUUGUUACUCUUCUGUCUUCUUUAAAACAACAGAAGUGGAAAAUGCGACGAUUUGCUGGGUAAGGACUCAAAAGUUCUUCUUUGGUCUAGGAUUUACAGUGACUUUUGGUGGGUUGUUCUCGAAGACUUGGAGAGUUUACCGUAUAUUUACAAAUAAGAAACUUCUAAAGCGGACAAUAAAGGACUACCAGUUGCUUGCAAUUAUUGGUGGUUUAGUGGGCGUUGUUGCGGUGAUGAUGGUUUUAUGGGCAAUUAUUUCUCCUUAUAGUGUUGUAGUAAAUUAUCUUGACAAACAGGUUACUGUGUUUGCAAACGAUGCCGAGGUCCAUCUGUUUGUGCGAGUUUGUCAUUCUGAAUAUUCCACGUACUUUGGAUGGGCUCUAUAUAUAAUCCAAGGUGCAUUGCUGUCGUUUGGGGCCUUUCUUGCAUGGGAAACUAGACAUGUAAAGAUCCAAGCUCUGAACGACUCGCACCAGAUUGGUUUGUGUUUGUACAACGUUGUUAUACUAAGUGCCGUAGGUCUUACACUUUCCUUGCUGCUUGUUGACCAAGAGGUGAUGAUGUAUGGAAUAACUUCCGGUUGUCUGAUCAUCGGAACAACAUUAACACAGGCCGUGAUUUUUAUUCCGAAGAUUCACGCAGUGUAUAAUAAAGUUGAUACCAAUAUGACAACGUUUGAAAAUGGAACAGGUGGACAGUCGGCUAACAAUGAAUCAUUACCACGCACAGGCAACACUGCCGACACUGCAUAA